GAGGAGCGGCUGCCGCUCGGCCGCUCGCUCCCCCCCCCCCCCCCUUCGGCUCGGCUCGGCUCGGCUCGGCUCGGCUCGGCUCGGCGCCGUGCCGCGGGGCGGGGAGGGCGGCCGGAGCGAGGGGGAGGGGAGCCGCAAGGACAUGGGCCGGCCCUGAGGGCCGGGGGAGGGCAGCCUACGUGUGUGUGUGAGUGUGUGUGUGUGAGUGAGCGCCUCCCCGGCCCCCGCUCCCCGCUCGUUGCCGGGUGUAUUUCACCCAGCUCCUAUGGCCCCGGCUCCCCGCCAAGUGAAAAAAUAAAAUAAGAAUAAAGCCAAAAAAAACACCCGUCCGGGGCCGGACCAUGGAGGGACCCUCGGGCCCGGCGGAGGACGGCGCCCGGCCGCUGCUCACCGUCAGGCACGAGCUGCGCAACGCGAAUUUGACAGGCCACGCAGAGAAAGUUGGCAUUGAAAACUUUGAACUCUUGAAAGUUCUUGGAACAGGGGCCUAUGGAAAAGUGUUCCUAGUAAGGAAAGUAAGUGGCCACGAUGCUGGAAAACUGUAUGCCAUGAAAGUACUGAAGAAAGCAACAAUAGUUCAAAAAGCCAAAACAACUGAGCACACAAGGACAGAACGACAAGUAUUGGAGCACAUUAGGCAAUCACCAUUUUUGGUCACGUUACAUUAUGCCUUCCAAACAGAUACAAAGCUUCAUCUCAUUUUAGACUAUAUAAAUGGAGGAGAACUGUUUACUCACCUUUCACAAAGAGAGAGAUUCUCAGAAAAUGAAGUGCAAAUUUAUAUUGGGGAAAUUGUUUUGGCACUUGAACAUCUACACAAGUUGGGGAUUAUAUAUCGGGAUAUAAAACUUGAGAAUAUUCUCCUCGAUUCUGAUGGCCAUGUGGUGCUGACGGACUUUGGUCUGAGUAAGGAGUUUCUUACUGAUGAGAAUGAGAGCAUAUUCCUUCUGUGGAACGAUAGAAUACAUGGCUCCAGAUAUUGUAAGGGGGGAGAUACAGGACAUGAUAAGGCUGUUGAUUGGUGGAGUGUUGGUGUUCUUAUGUAUGAACUAUUAACUGGAGCGUCACCAUUUACAGUUGAUGGAGAGAAGAAUUCUCAAGCAGAGAUUUCUAGGAGAAUAUUAAAAAGUGAGCCACCUUAUCCACAAGAAAUGAGUGCACUGUCUAAGGAUAUAAUUCAGCGUCUUUUGAUGAAAGACCAGAAGAGAUUAGGUUGUGGUCCAACUGAUGCUGAUGAAAUCAAACAGCAUCCCUUUUUCCAGAAUAUAAACUGGGAUGAUUUAGCUGCCAAAAAAGUAUCAGCUCCAUUUAAACCAGUAAUCAGAGAUGAAUUAGAUGUCAGUAACUUUGCAGAAGAGUUUACAGAAAUGGAUCCAACGUAUUCUCCUGCAGCAACCCCUCAGACUUCGGAAAGAAUAUUUCAGGGAUAUUCUUUCGUUGCACCUUCUAUUUUGUUUAAACGCAAUGCAGCUACAGUAGAUCCUGUUCAGUUUUAUGUUGGGGAUGAAAGACCUGGAACCACAACUAUUGCCAGAAGUGCUAUGAUGAAGGACUCUCCAUUUUUUCAACAUUAUGAACUGGAUCUGAAAGAGAAACCAUUGGGAGAAGGAAGUUUUUCCAUUUGUCGAAAGUGCUUACACAAGAAAACUAGCCAAGAGUAUGCAGUAAAAAUAAUUAGCAAAAGAAUGGAAGCCAACACCCAGAGAGAAAUAACAGCUCUGAAACUCUGCGAAGGACACCCCAAUGUAGUGAAGUUACAUGAUUAUCAUGACCAGCUUCACACUUUUCUAGUAAUGGAAUUGCUGAAGGGAGGAGAAUUGCUUGAACGUAUUCAGAAGAAGCAGCAUUUCAGUGAGACAGAAGCCAGUCAUAUUAUGCGCAGACUUGUUUCAGCAGUGAGCCAUAUGCACGAUGUAGGAGUAGUCCACAGAGAUCUGAAACCAGAGAAUUUAUUGUUUACAGAUGAAAGCGAUAAUUCAGAAAUAAAAAUAAUUGAUUUUGGUUUUGCUCGUUUAAAACCGCCUGAUAAUCAGCCUUUGAAGACUCCAUGUUUUACUCUACAUUAUGCUGCCCCAGAGCUCUUGAAUCACAAUGGUUAUGAUGAAUCCUGUGACCUAUGGAGUUUGGGGGUCAUUCUGUAUACAAUGCUAUCAGGACAGGUACCAUUUCAGUCUCAAGACAAAAGUUUGACAUGUACUAGUGCAUUGGAAAUUAUGAAGAAAAUUAAAAAGGGAGAAUUUUCAUUUGAAGGAGAAGCUUGGAAAAAUGUUUCUGAGGAGGCCAAGGAAUUAAUUCAAGGACUUCUAACAGUGGAUCCAAACAAAAGAAUUAAGAUGUACCUGAGAUACAAUGAAUGGCUUCAGGAUGGUAGCCAGCUGUCAUCCAAUCCUCUAAUGACUCCUGAUAACUUAGGCUCUUCAGGGGCUGCUGUGCAUACAUACGUCAAAGCCACUUUUCAUGCCUUUAACAAGUACAAAAGGGAAGGAUUUUGUCUCCAGAAUGUUGACAAGGCACCUCUUGCAAAGAGAAGGAAAAUGAAAAAAACAAGUACAAGCACAGAGACACGUAGCAGCUCCAGUGAAAGUUCACAUUCUUCUUCCUCUCAUUCUCAUGGUAAAACUACACCUACAAAGACCUGCAGCCAAACAAACCCUACAGACAGCAAUAACCCAGAAACCAUCUUCCAGUUCUCCUGACUGAAAAGCAGAGAAUAUCUUGUCCUGAAGAUUUACACAGUUAUAAAACUUGGUAGUACCUUUAUUGGUCUUCUCCCACCCCUCCUCCCUGUGGCUUACAGGCUACAGAAAUGUCUGUCGCUUGAAAAAUGUAUUUCAAUCAUACCUUUUUAGCUUUGUAUUUCAGUACAUUUUUUUAGCAUUAAGUUUGGUAUCACUGGAUAUGGUCUAAUGCUAUUAUACAAUCAACAUUGUAUUCUCUUAGGGAUAAAUUACUAGUGUGCAGUCAAGCUCAUGUUAAAGAGCUAUGCUGCUGUUGGUACAGCUUGGAGGAAAACUGUUUCUCAGUGUCAGAAUCUUUGUCCCGGUUUCUUCCCCACUGUUGAAAGAAAGGAAAACUCUGUAAAACAUAUAGAACUCUUGGAUCUUCAACUUUUGCCCAGCUGUGUGAAGAAUGUCACAGCAUUUGAUUCUUCCUGCACGUAAGGAAUCAUUGGUACAAUGCACCAAAGCAGUAUAGUACUUUAAAGCCUCUUAAAUUUGUGAUCACAUUCUAUCCCAUUUAUUUGAAUUUUAAAAACAAAAUGAAGUGUUACGCAACUCUAUGUUGUUUUAAAAAGUUACUCCAUAUAUCUUGUUUUAAAACGACUGAGAAUAUAAGUCUUAGAUUUUUUUUAUUUAUUUAAUUUUAAAAAACCACCUAGGGUAAAGAUGUCUGAUAAGGUGAGGUGUCUAGUACUGUGAUACAGUAAUUUUUAUUUCUACUUUUUGAAGUUAUUGACUUUUAAAAUGUUUUACAGAUUCUAAAAUGUAAUGAUAGAAAGUGAAAUUUCAUAUUGAAUGUUGGAAAAUGGUCACGUGUUAAAAUAUCUAUUUCAAGAAUUAACUAUAAUUUAUAUUUCUUUUUAUAUUUACACGAUAACUUUAAAAUACUGAGAUUUUUUUAAAGAUACAAAAACUCCAGUUUCAACAUCUGUUAUAGGGUCCAUACAAAUAUAUACCAAGUUAUUUGAAUUUUGCAUUGUGCAAAUACAGCAGUUUAAUAGUGACUGUAAAAUACUAGAAUAUGUUUUCUUUUUUGCACUUUAUAACAUCAAAAUGAGAUGUUUUAUAAUAAAGUGCACUCAGAUUUCUCUUCCUACAAGGUGCUGAGCACUGUUUUAUGUGGUUGAAUGACCUGAAAUCUACCUUAUUUGGUGGUUGUGGUCAUUGUGAAGGAGAAUUCUGUACUUUGCAGGAGUGAAUCCCUGUAUAUUAUCCGCUGUUUUCAUUCCUUACUUAAACUGCAAAGCUCUUUCUAUCUUGCUUUUACAUUGUAUAUAACAAAUACUAGACCUGGGCACCUUGUGUAGUGUAGAUGUUAACAACUUAUGCACUGGGAAUACUAAAGGGAAAUUAUAUUGAACACUGUGCUUCACAACUUGUUCACUGUGGUGUUCUACAGUGAAGUAUUUCCUACUGUGAUAGUAUAGUAUGUACAUAACUGUUUGGAAUCAUAAAUGUGACUUACAGAAACAUCAGCAUAAACUUUUAAAUCAGCAUAUUUUAUAAAUUUAUGGAGAGCUCUUUUAUUGCUCGUAUUCUCAAUGACUAGAGAUAACUUAAGUGCUAAAGAAGACUCCAGUUUUGCAAAUGCUUACACUUGUAAGUUUCCACUGAAGGCAAAGAGAGUCCUUGUGUAAAGUUAAUCAGAUGCCUAAAUUUGUGUGAUGGAAGACUAAUUGACGUGGGGAUUUGUUAACAGCUUGUUCUACGUUGAAGGAAACUAAUCCAAACCCUAUGCAAAAAGGUUAUAGGAAUUGUUUAUAUCAGUGGUUUUAUUUAUAGAAUUACAUCAGAUAUCAGUAUUGACAAAUACAAUACAUCCAUGUUUACAGGGAUUGUGUGUAUCAAAACAAGGCUUUAAAGCCCAACAUGUUUGUUCUGUGUUUCUUUAAUAUUAAUAAUGGCAUUCUGAAGUUUUGGAAUUGCUCAUGUGAAAUAGUUUACUACUUUCUUGAUGUGAAUGUCAACAGUAAUUGCAGCAUUAAUUUCAGGUUGAUGUGAAUAUUGAGAUUUGCACUGUUUAUGUAGAAGUAGUAUAUUUAAAGAUCAAUAUAUGUGCUAAUAACACAACCAAUUUUAAGUGGCCGAUGUUAAAAUAUUGAAAAAUAAUUGUCAAUGUAAUAUAUUCAGGUUUGCUUUCUGAAUGCUCUCUUUGGAAGUGAUCUCAAUAGUGAACAUGGCUCAUUUGUAAAAGAAUACUUUCCCUCUCCCCAAUAAACUUGCUGUAAAUACAAAAAA